AUGGAAGAGACGGAAGUUAUUCCUGGGCUGUGGACCAUUCAUCAAGACGGGGAAGUUCUUCUGAGGCUUUCAAAGCAUGGGCCAGGCCAUGAGACCCCGAUGACUGUGCCUGAAUUUUUACAACAGUCAGUGAAACGAUUUGGGGCUUAUCCAGCCCUUGCAUCAAAGAGAAGAGAGAAGUGGGAUGUUCUGAGUUUCAACCAAUACUAUGAGGCUUGUCGGAAGGCUGCAAGAGCCUUGCUUAAGCUGGGCUUGAAGCGUUUCCAUGGAGUCGGUAUACUGGGCUUCAACUCCAAGGAGUGGCUUAUUGCUCACCUUGCUGCCAUCCUUGCAGGGGGAAUCAGUGUUGGAAUUUAUGCCACCAACUCUGCAGAUGCCUGUCAGUACGUCAUUACUCAGGCCAAGGUGGACAUCCUGCUGGUUGAAAAUGACAUACAGCUAAAGAAAAUCCUCUCGAAUGCAGAGAACAUGAUGCAGACCCUAAAAGCCAUCGUCCAGUACAAGAGCCCAUUGAAUGAAAACAUCGUGAACGUAUACAAUUGGGAAGAUUUCAUGGAACUCGGCAACAGCAUCCCUGACUUCCAGCUGGACCAGAUCAUGGAGAGCCAGAAAGCCAAUCAGUGCGCUGUGGUCAUCUACACUUCCGGGACCUCAGGCUACCCCAAGGGCGUGAUGCUCAGCCACGACAACAUCACAUGGAUGGCCGGGGCAGCAGCUAAGGAAUGUGGCCUGAGUUACGCCUCAGAAAAGCAGGAGGUGGUCGUCAGCUACCUUCCCCUGAGCCACAUUGCAGCUCAGAUGAUGGAUGUUUGGAUACCCAUGAAGGUUGGGGCUGUCAUCUAUUUUGCUCAGCCAGAUGCUCUCAAGGGUACGCUGCUAAAGACUCUGCAGGAGGUAAAACCUACUGCCUUCCUGGGGGUACCCCGAAUUUGGGAGAAGAUGGAAGAGAAGAUAAAGGAAAGUAAUGCCAAGUCAUCAAGAUUGAGGAAGAAGGUGUUUUCAUGGGCAAGAGCUGUUGGAUUAAGGACCAACACAAAAAAGAUGAUGGGGAGACAAGAAGUGACUAUGAGCUACCGCGUGGCCAAGACCCUCGUGUUCAGCCAUGUCAGGAGCUCCCUCGGCCUUGACCACUGCAACUCUUGCAUCAGUGCAGCAGCACCCCUUGGCCAAGAGACCGCCGAGUUCUUUCUAAGCCUAGACCUACCUGUGGGCGAGAUGUACGGUAUGUCAGAAAGCACAGGACCCCACACCAUCUCCAAUCAAGAGAACUACAAGAUUCUGAGCUGCGGCAAAAUCCUGAGUGGAUGCAAGAGCAUGCUGAGCCAGCAGACCCAGGAUGGCGCCGGGGAGAUCUGCCUCUGGGGCCGCCAUGUCUUCAUGGGCUACCUGGAGAAGGAGGCAGCGACCAUGGAGGCCAUCGAUGAGGAAGGCUGGUUACACUCUGGGGACUUGGGGAAACUGGACAAACAGGGUUUCCUCUACAUCACUGGUCGCAUCAAAGAAAUGCUCAUCACUGCUGGCGGUGAGAAUGUGGCCCCUGUUCCCAUUGAGAAUAAGGUGAAGGAGAAGAUCCCCAUCAUCAGCAAUGCCAUGUUAGUAGGAGACAAGUUGAGGUUUCUGAGCAUCUUGCUGACACUGAAGUGCGAAACAGACGAGGCGAGUGGAGAGCCGCUAGACAGGCUGACCGCGGAAGCCAUCAAGUUCUGCCGGAAACUGGGCAGCCAUGCUUCCACGGUGACUGACAUCCUACAGCUGCCAGACACCCUGGUCCACAGGGCCAUCCAGCAAGGCAUAAACGCUGUGAAUCAGGAAGCCAUCUCUGAUGCGCAGAAGAUUCAGAAGUGGGCCAUCUUGGAAAAGGACUUCUCCAUCCCUGGCGGAGAGCUAGGUCCAACAUCAAAGCUUAGGAGAUAUUUCAUAACUCAGAAAUACAAAAUGAAAAUUGAAGACUUCUACAAGUGA